CUCCCAGCAUUCGUACGCGGACUUAUGACUCCAUCCCGGAAGUGAGGAAGUCCUUUCCGCUGCAGACUUCAACAUGGCCAGAGGACCGAAGAAGCACCUGAAGCGCGUUGCGACGCCAAAGCAUUGGAUGCUUGACAAGCUCACUGGGGUUUUUGCUCCGCGUCCUUCCACCGGUCCCCACAAGCUGAGGGAGUGUCUGCCCCUCAUUAUUUUCCUGAGGAAUCGCCUCAAGUAUGCCCUCACCGGGGAUGAGGUGAAGAAAAUCUGCAUGCAGAGGUUUAUCAAGAUUGACGGCAAGGUCCGCACUGAUAUCACCUACCCAACCGGAUUCAUGGAUGUGAUCAGCAUCGAGAAGACUGGCGAGCACUUCCGUCUGAUCUACGACGUGAAGGGGCGCUUCACCGUGCACCGAAUCACCGCCGAGGAGGCCAAGUACAAGCUGUGCAAGGUGAGGAAGAUCCUCAUCGGCACUAAGGGGAUCCCUCACCUGGUGACCCAUGACGCCCGCACCAUCCGCUACCCGGACCCCCUCAUCAAGGCGAACGACACCGUGCGCAUUGAUCUGGACUCGGGCAAGAUCACAGACUUCAUCAAGUUCGACACCGGUAACUUGUGCAUGGUGACCGGCGGCGCUAACUUGGGUAGGAUCGGCAUCAUCACCAACAGGGAGCGUCACCCGGGCUCCUUCGACGUGGUGCACGUCAAGGACAGCACCGGGAACAGCUUCGCCACCAGGCUGUCCAACAUCUUUGUCAUCGGCAAGGGCAACAAGCCGUGGGUGUCCCUGCCCAGAGGGAAGGGAAUCCGCCUGACCAUCGCCGAGGAACGAGACAAGAGACUCGCCGCCAAGCAGAGCAGCAGUUAAAAUAUCUCGACACGCUGACAAAUGUUUCACAAUAAAAGUUGUUCACAAAAGCUU